GGCAGAGAGAAAGAGGGCGAAAGAGAGAGAGAGAGAGAUAGAGAGAGAUGCCUGGAUGCGGAUCUUCGUGACAUGAGACGAGUAAUCCCGCGAAGUGCAAAGACGCGGCAGCGCAGCUCGGAUAUCACGGUUUUAUUUUCUCUCAUCUUGGAAAGUAAGUGAUUUAAACAACAACAACAACAACAAAAAACUAGUUUGGCUGAAUUACUUUUUGGGGCUCGGUCAACGACAGGAAGGAGGGAGAAAGGGGGAUCUGCUCGGUGCGCUCCAGACGCACAACAUGAAGGAGGUAGAGAGUAGCUGAGCGCAAUGACAGAGAGCCUCUCCAGGAGUUAGGAUGUGAGCUGAACUUCGCGGUAGAAUGGCCGGCCAUGUGGCACUGACAGCCGAGGGAUGGCAGCCUUUUACCACCGCCUCCACCACCACCACCACCACCACUUCAGCCAGCAUCACCUCCACCCCCCGAGCACCGACCUGCGGCGGCUCUUCCACCGGCUCACCAUCGCCUCCUCUCUGAGCAUCAUCUGCUUCUCCCUGGUCUACCUUCUCACUGGAGGCUGCGAGUCGGAACUCGCUGAGAACUCUGAAAUCAAGCCGUCCGCGCGCGACUUCCUCGCGAGGGCGUCGGGAUGGCGGCAGGAGGGGAACGGAACCGACGCGCUGGGGAGCGGCCACGCCGCGCCGGAGACCAACAGCUCGGGGAAGGAGUGGACGGCCGCGCGCAGGCUGCCCCAGGCUCUCAUCAUCGGGGUGAAGAAAGGCGGCACGAGGGCUCUGCUGGAGUUCCUGCGGCUCCACCCGGACAUCCGGGCUCUGGGGUCCGAGCCGCACUUCUUUGAUCGGCAUUACGCACGCGGGCUGGACUGGUACAGAAGUAUGAUGCCCAAAGCCCUUGACGGGCAGAUCGUCAUGGAGAAGACGCCCCGGUACUUUGUCACAGUGGACACGCCAGCGCGGGUCCAUGCCAUGUCGCAGAAUGUGAAGCUGAUAGUGGUCGUUCGUGACCCUGUGACGCGAGCCAUAUCGGAUUACACGCAGAUCAUCUCCAAGACCCCCGACAUCCCGUCCUUUGAGAGCCUGGCCUUCAAGAACCGCACCACAGGUCAGAUUGACUCUCUGUGGAGCCCACUGUGGAUCGGCCUCUACGCCCAACACAUGGAGCGUUGGCUGGCUUGGUUCCCCAGGAAUCAGAUCCAUCUGGUCAGCGGGGAGAGGCUCAUCGCUGAUCCGGCUGGAGAACUGGGCAAAGUUCAGGACUUUCUGGGCCUGCAGAGGAUAGUCACAGACAAGCACUUCUACUUCAACAAAACGAAAGGAUUUCCCUGCCUAAAGAAGCCGGAGGGCAGCAGUAAACCCCACUGUCUGGGGAAGACAAAAGGGAGGACACACGUCUCCAUAGACCCAGAGGUGAUCCGGAAACUGAGGGAUUUCUACAAGCCUCACAACCAGCGCUUCUACCAACUCGCAGGGCAAAACUUCGGAUGGCACUGAUCUGUGACCUGCGUGGAACGAGACGCCUCUGUUGACACCGCUCCAGCGCAAAUCUGCUGCCUGACGGAGGCAGACGAAACGACUCAAAGCGCGCAAAACAGAGUCAACAAUGUCUUCAGACAGCCAGGCAGCAUCACAGCAGACUACACUCCGAAAUCCCAGUGUCGAUAUGUUCUGUCUGGAUCAAUCAGUCGUGUUGACAUCUUUGUAUGUCAGCAAUGUGCUCAUUGUGCUUUUGAGGAAGAUGCAGUGAGACCGUGGUGGCUGUAGGAUGCGGUUUUACGCCGAGCGGUGAAAGCUGAACGGCUUUUAGUGUCUGACUCACAAUCAGUUGUAGUCGUACAAGGAAGUGAAGAACUCAGGGUCCCUACACGUUGUCCCAUAAAUAUUCCACACAUUUCAGGACUCAAAUUUUAGCCAUGCAGUUUUUACAACAUAUUUACUUUUUAAAAUAUUUACUUUGAACCAAACUAUUCUUAUCAUCAUCUGUAGGUUUUUCCAAAAAAAAAAAAAAAGUUUAAUCAAAAUCAAAAACAAAGCAUGACAAUGGUCGACAUGGCUUUUGGUUGUCAGAGUGUGAAUUUGGACAAUUUCUCUGCUUUUGAAGCUUCUGGAUUUAUUUAUUUUGAAGUCUUUCAAUCUUGGACAUGUCAGAUUAGGAAUAGAAUAUUCUGGAGCACGGCUCCACAAUAACUCGGCUAAUGUUUUUUAACUACAGAUGUAACAACAAAUGCAAGUUUUAACAGUUUUUCAUGGAAUAACCGCAUUGAAUUUCCACAAGUACCAGUAACAUAUAUUUUUAAAUACAUUUUUCUUGCCAUUAGUUUGAAAAUUUGCUUCUUUUUCCCCCACAAAUAUCAACAUCCUGUAAAAGAAAAUGUAUUUGUCCUCUUUUUGCAAAAUGUUUGAGGUUUUUCAUUAUUUGAAAACUUGAAAGAGACAAAAUGUUGAUUCUUUAGACACUUUCUUUAGUAGAAAAUCCUAAGUUGUCUUUUUUCCCAAGAAGCCAUGUAACGUUUGGGGUUCUAAGUGAGCUCUAUGUCGAAAAUAAAGGCCUCUGUAGACUCGAAAGGUUGCAGAUCCCUGUCCUAGACUGAACCGGAUUCUUUAAAUGACAAUUUGUGAGCUUUGGAACCCUUUAGAACCCCUCACCCCCCAAAAAAACGUUUAGUCUUUUUAUUUUGCAGCUGUCAUGGCCAGUUUUGCCUGAAUUAAAGCUGUCUGAAGAUCAAACAUGUAGUGAAAUGGUCCCUGAUUAUUUCUGAAUGAGUAUGGAAUCAGUCAUUAAGUCAAACAGCAAGGCUGAAAUCAAGGCAUUAUGCAGCAAAUCAAAGAUGAAGCACAGCCAUUUAAUUUGAAUCAAUGUGUCUUUUUGUCUUUAGACAUUAGAAGAAGGAAAAAUAUCUGGAAAAUCAAUAAUUUUCUCACACUUCAUUUCUUCUUUCCCUACCUAUCCAAACCUAACAUAUUCCACAUUUUCCCAGACUUUUCAAGGGUGUGUAGCAACACUGACAACAAACACAUUUUCAUUUAUAGACCCUUUAUUUCCCCCCACGUUUCCUCCCCAGACUCAGAUUUCAAGAAUUUAACGGCAAUCCGGCGUUUGAAAAAAAAUGUCCAGCAAGCAUUGUUUCCAAAAAGGUGGGAAUGAAUCUUUCAUGCGGUAAGCAGCAGAGUUGAGGGGCGGGCGGGGCGGAGUGAGGGAAUAUGUCUAUGAGCUCAGAUUUGACUGAGUGCUUUUGUAUCCUUGAAUAAUGAAUGUGGUUAAAUGGAUGUAGUGGGAACUGGUAUGGAUCACUUGGCUCAUUUGUAUGCUUUGCUUAGGUUAGCGAGUGCGGGACCAGCCUGCUGUGUCCCGCUUUGAGCAAAGCAAACGGACCGGCGGAGGGCGGCGGGAUAGAAAAACCGAACAUCAACACCGUUAAGUUCGGCGUGUUGCUAGCUAGCUAGCUAGCCGGUGUUUUGUACCGAGCUGCGUCCGCUUACACGGUUUUCCGUUUUCAGUUUGCAUGUAUUUUGCACUAGUUGUUGUCCAACAGGAAAAAAAUAAAAAUAUUUUUAAGCAAA